GUAAGGACGACACCGGUGAUCUCAUUAUACUCGUUGUAUUUCAGAGAUAUUGUUCGUGAAAAGACUUUAGUAAAGACAGUGAGCUCUUGCCGACGCGGAUUUCCUGUUGCUGUCCAUCAGCUAGCUUAAAUGAGCUAACGGUUGGAAAAUGUCUAAAAAGUCCAAAAAGAGGAAGCACAGGAAGUCGUCUUCAUCCUCCAGUGAGGAAGAUGAGAAGGCAUCCAAAAAACAUGGUGUCACCGACAGUUCCAGAUGUGUUAAGAGGAGGCAGGAGAGCUGUGCAGCAAAACAGGAAAAGUCUGUUUCUUCUUCAACAAAAGAUGAUUCCCGAAGCGCCCGCCGGAUCAAAACACCCGUCUACAGACACGCAAAAACAGAGACAACAGACCAGAAACCUGUUGAUAAGGGAGAAGAAUGCACAAAAACAAAAAGUGUCUCUUUGCCAUCCCACAGGAGAAACUGCUCUGAUAAAAGAGAGGAUUAUGUUUCAGGGAAACAUAAAACUGUAAGUGGGAGUAAAACUGUGGAGAGAGGUCCCUCAAAGCCCUCCACUUCUGACACUUUAGGUCGAGUUUCUCAGAAAACAGAGCGGAUCUCUAAAGGCAGCUCAUCUGCAACGUCUUCCCGGAGGAGCCCACCAACUUUACAGAUGCGAACAUGUCCAAGUUCGGUUUCUGCUGAAGAGAAGGAACAGAGUCACAAAUUACAGAAGAAGAAAUGCAGAACUGAGGAACCACCAAGGACUAGAAGGGAGAGCCACACUAUGAAGACCAAGGAACCAAGCAGGACCUCCUCUGUCCUCACAGAUUCUUUUCUGCAGAAGAGAGAGGAGCUGGUCAAAAAGAUGUGCCAACGGCAUCAAGAAAAGGAAUCCAAGGCCGAAAGGAGCCAGUGGACAGAAGUUAAACCUCCAUCUGCCUCCACCACGAAUCAGUCCUCUGCCACAAAUCAGUCCUCCACGACAAAUCAGUCCUCCGCCACAAAUCAGCCCUCCGCCACAAAUCAGCCCUCAUCCACAAAUCAGCCCUCAUCCACAAAUCAGUCCUCCACCACAAAACAGUCGUUCACCACAAAACAGUCCUCCACAACAAAUCAGUCCUCCACCACAAAUCAGCCCUCAUCCACAAAUCAGUCCUCCAUCACAAGUCAGGCCUCCACCACAAAACAGUCGUUCACCACAAAACAGUCCUCCACCACGAAUCAGUCCUCCACAACAAAACAGUCCUCCAUCACAAAUCAGUCCUCCACCACUCAUUCCUCCGCCUCAGCCAAGUACUCUACCUCAGAGAGAAGCUCAAAACUGGUGAAGAGUUUCACUUUAAUUCCGAGGAGUGUCACAUCAUCGUCACAUAAGACAGCAUCACCUGCUCAGCAUCUAAAAGAUUCUCUCAAACCUACUCUGCCUGUCAGUUUUAAGAUACCAAAGAAGGUUCAACCAAAACCAGUAGAUUAUACAAGCUACUACAAUGCUGCCAUUUCUGCUAAUAGAAAUCUCAAACGUGGGACCGAGCUUUCAGACUCUGGGGCCAAAGUAACAAAGUCCAAGGAGAAAACAGUCCAACAACUUCAGAGCUUUUUCAAUGUAACUCCACCCAAAGUGAUUCCUUCAUCUGAAGGACAAGAUAAGACGUCUUCCGUGUCGGACCCAAUCCAAACUGUAUGUGAUGCCACCCCGGAGCCGUGGUAUGACCAGAUGCAGGUGGUUGAUGAGCUUCAUCUUGCCCGAAAUGAGAAGAAGCUGGAGGUGAAUGUAAUGGAGAGCUAUGGAGAACUGACCUCUAUGGACAUAGAUCCUCCGGAAGAGCCAGCUACAGAUCAAUACUGUAAACAGUCCCCUCCACAAGACCUCAUCCUGGUUCUGGACACCAACAUUCUCCUCAGUCACCUGGAUUAUGUGAAAAAGAUCAAGUCUCUUGGCCUUGGAGCCCUUGGCCUCCCUGUUGUCCUGAUCCCCUGGGUGGUGCUUCAGGAGCUGGAUUCCCUAAAAAGAGGGAGAGGCCUGUCAGGUUCUGUGGCACACCUGGCCACCCCCGCCAUCUCAUACAUUUACAACACUCUGAAGGGCCGGGAAUCGAACCUCUGGGGCCAGUCGAUGCAGCAGGCCGCUGAGAGCAGCAAUGGUCCGAUCGCUGAGAAUAACGAUGACAGAGUUCUGCAGUGCUGCCUGCAAUACCAGAGUCUGUACCCAGGGCGUGCUCUCAUCCUAUGCACUAAUGAUAAGAACCUGUGCAGUAAAUCCAUCCUGAGUGGGGUGGAGGCCCUGAGCAAGAAUGAUUUGGAGGCAGAGGUUGGGAAAUCCAGACGGAGCCUUCUCCCUCUCCUAAACACCGGCACUCCCAUGGUGCCUCACACAAGCCCUCACAUCUCCUCACCACCGCUGAGCAGGAGUCACACGCCAGCCCGGCCUCAUAUUCAAGAGAGACCAGUCUUCUCUGUGGCACCCAUAGUGAAAUAUAACCAGCAGCUCAGUGGAGGAGGAGAAGCGAAGGCAAACAGGGACCUGAGCAGAUGUGUUUCUGAGCUGGAAGACAGCCUGCGGGAGGUGCUGUCUGAUGUGUUGGAGGUGGAGAUGAAGGCAGCUUUUGAAGAACUCUGGCUAGAGAUCGUUUAUCUCAAACCACCGUGGACUCUUCAAGAUGUCCUGCAGUGCCUGAAAAAACACUGGAUCGCCGUAUUUGGGCACAUUGUCCCGCGGCGGAAAGAGCAGACUGUUUUAAAUCUCAUCGAAUUCUUCUACUCAGGUAAAACCUUGGACUGUGAUGCCACUUUACAAGCACUUCAAGAAGCCAAGGAUCUUGUGAAAGCAUUUGGGAAAAGUUCAAACCUCGUACCCGGUGCCAUUUCCAUAAUGGACAACAUUUUCAAUAAGCUACAACCUCAGCCUCAUGCGUGUGUGUCGGCGGAACCUCCUGCCUGCGAUGUUGUCAUGAAUGACGAGGACGAAGACAGACAAGUCACAUCUGCUCAGGUCACUCAUCAGGAAGUGUGGGCCCUGUUUGAGAACAUCUGGGGUAACGUGUAUCCGGAGAGCUUGGAAGUGUUCAAAGCGCUGGGCUUUGACCCUCACACCAUGCAGAGUGUCCGGCCAGCGGGGGGGCCUCCGCCACCACAGGACGCCUUGGCCUGUUUGCACAAACUGUCCAACAUGGUGUUACAGCUGCUUCAAGCCUUCAGCAGUUUGUUCUCCUCGGCCCCUAGUUUGGAGAAAGUCCAGACACUGCUCAGCAUCAUCCACUUUCACAAGGUCGUUAACGUGGACUCCAGAUUGACGCCUGCAGACCUACUGGAUUGUUUCUCACAACAGGAGUACAGGGAGAAGCUGCGGGUCGGGGGGACGCAGCUGCAGGGUCUCCACGAGGCCCUGGAGCGUUGUGCCGGGGUCACAGGUCACAACCUCUCCUUCACCACGUCGCCCUGAACACACUCGAGUCAGGACGUCGGCCUUGAAUAACUGACAGAAGACAAACUGUGAGUCAAAGGGACGUUUGCUUUUAUGGUGCCUACUGGUGUGUUUUUUAAAAAUAAUUUAUAAACUUGUGUGAUUACAAAGACACUGUUCUCCUCUCCUGAUUGAAUGGAUGACUGUGGAUGUUCUGAAUUGAUGUGAAGGUGAAAGCAUGUUCAAUGGGUCGGGUUUGUUUUGUGUCCGGCUGUUUUCAAUGUCUACUCAGGUUCAUUUAGCUAUUUUACAAACGUACUAAAUGAAGCAACGUUGUACACUGACAUCCGCGUUGA